AUGGAAGAUGGCACCGGUAAAGCGUCGCCCAGGCCACCGUGGGCCCUCUGGAAGAAAUUCAUGGUCGUGGGCAUCUUCCUGGUCAUCGCCAUCCCCCUGGGCGUGAUUCUGGGCGUCAGCCUUACGGGCAAAUUCAACAACAAGGGAAGCAAUUCUUCCGACGGUAAAAAUUCACUGUGGCAGCCCUCUGUCGCGGAUUCAUGGCAGAUUGUCCUUCUGAAACCCAUCAAGAUCGGAGACGACGCGGUCGUCACACCCGAUGUGGGGAUUUACGACAUUGACGUUUACGACAACGAUGCCGUCACCAUACAGGCCCUGCAGGCGUCCGGGAAGAAGGUCAUCUGCUACUUCAGCGCCGGGUCCUGGGAAAACUGGAGGGACGACAGAGACGACUUCGAAAAAGCGGACCUGGGCAAGGUCAUGGAUGGAUGGCCGGACGAACGCUGGGUGGACGUGCGCAGCGACAACGUCCGCAGCAUCAUGAAGAAGCGGAUAGAGUUUGCUGCGGGCAAGGGUUGCGAUGCGAUUGAUCCUGACAAUGUCGACGGCUUCCAAAACGACAACGGCUUGGAUUUGACCGCCGAGGACGCGGUUGAUUUUAUCAAGUUCCUCGCCGAGACUGCGGGCUCGUACGGCAUGUCUACGGGUCUCAAGAACGCCGGGGACAUCAUUCCCGACGUCCUCGACUACGUGCACUUCUCGGUGAACGAGCAGUGCAUCGAGUACUCCGAGUGCGAGACCUUUGCCGCCUUCAUCAGAGCGGACAAGCCCGUCUUCAACAUCGAGUACCCCGCGGGGACGCCCGACGACGUGGCGCCGUCGGCGAUCAAGGAAAUCUGCUCGCAAACAGGGAACUCGACAGGCACGUCAGGCUUCAGCACCGUCAUCAAGAACCUGAACCUGGACGGCUGGGUGGAAUACUGCGGGCAGAAGGAGACGUACACCACGGAGCUGGAUACCUCGGCGUAA